GGCUGUUUCUGAGGGCGCGGGGAGCUGCAUUUCCCGGUGCGGGAACGGCUCCGGCAGACCGCACUUUACGGGCGUUAGAGUGUCCGCAGACGGGUCUGGAUCCGGAGAGCGUUUGAGGGGCCAGCCAGGAAGGGUUUUUUUUUUUCCCCUUCCCAAUUCUCCACUCUCGGGCGGUGCCGGCUCUGCCCUCUCUCGCCCCACUGCCGUGCGCCCCCGGCCCGGCUCCCGGUGUCAGCUUUCCCCAGGCCCCGCGGGGGGUUGGGGCCGGGAGGUUCGGAGGUAGCGGUCGCUGCCCGGCGCGGGAGUGAGCGGCGCGUCCCUCUUCCGCCCUGCCAACUCCGCGCCCGGCCCGCACCUCCAUGGGCCCAAGCAAGAAGUCCAACGUGUGCCGCCGGCUGAGUCUCCGGGCGCUGGGCUUCUUUUCGCGCGACGCGGGCAUGGUGCAGAGGACGAACCUGGAAAUCCUGCGGGCGCUGGUGUGCCAGGAAAGUACUAAAUUUAGGAAUGUUUGGACAACUCAUUCCAAGUCACCUAUAGCCUAUGAGAGAGGAAGGAUAUAUUUUGACAAUUAUCGGUGCUGUGUCAGCAGUGUUGCAUCAGAGCCAAGAAAACUUUAUGAAAUGCCAAAAUGUUCCAAAUCAGAAAAAAUAGAGGAUGCUUUAUUAUGGGAAUGUCCAGUGGGAGAAAUGCUUCCCAAUCCAUCAGAUUAUAAAUCCUCACUCAUAGCACUGACUGCUCAUAAUUGGCUACUUCGUAUAUCAGCAACUACAGGAAAAGUCCUUGAGAAAAUAUAUCUUGCUUCAUAUUGCAAAUUCAGAUACUUGAGCUGGGACACUCCUCAAGAAGUCAUUGCAGUCAAGUCAGCCCAGAACAAAGGCUCAGCAGUGGCCCGGCAGGCAGGCAUUCAACAGCCUGUUUUGCUGUACCUUGCAGUGUUCCACGUUCUACCUUUUUCACUCAUAGGAAUUCUGGAGAUCAACAAAAAGAUUUUCGGGAAUGUUACAGAUGCCACCUUGUCUCACGGAAUACUGAUUGUGAUGUACAACUCGGGACUGGUCAGACUUUAUAGCUUCCAAGCCAUCACUGAACAGUUCAUGCAACAGAAACUUGACUUAGGGUGUGCAUGCAGAUGGGGUGGGACUACUGGAACUGUAGGAGAGGCUCCUUUUGGCAUUCCUUGUAAUAUUAAAAUCACAGACACACCACCACUGCUCUUUGAGGUGUCCUCCCUGGAGAAUGCUUUUCAAAUUGGAGGCCAUCCUUGGCACUACAUCAUCACACCUAAUAAGAAGAAACAGAAAGGCGUUUUCCAUAUUUGUGCCCUAAAGGACAAUUCCUUGGCAAAAAACGGGAUCCAAGAAAUGGAGUGUUGUUCUCUAGAAUCUGACUGGAUCUAUUUCCAUCCUGAUGCUUCUGGUAGAAUAAUACAUGUUGGCCCAAAUCAGGUCAAAGUUUUAAAGCUAAGUGAAGUAGAAAAUAAUACUGCCCAGCAUCAGAUCUCUGAGGAUUUUGUCAUAUUGGCCAACAGGGAGAAGAACAAAAAUGAAAACUUACCCACUGUUACAGCUUCUGGACGGGUGAUAAAAAAAAGUUUUAACCUUCUGGAUGACGACCCAGAACAAGAGACUUUCAAAAUUGUGGACUAUGAAGAUGAGUUGGAUUUGCUUUCUGUGGUAGCUGUUACUCAAAUAGAUGCCGAAGGAAAAGCUCACCUAGAUUUCCACUGUAAUGAAUUUGGAACUUUACUUAAAAGCAUUCCACUCGUGGAGUCAUGGGAUGUGACGUAUAGCCAUGAAGUCUACUUUGACAGAGACUUGGUACUACACAUAGAACAGAAACCCAGCAGGGUCUUCAGCUGCUAUGUUUACCAGAUGGUAUGUGACCCUGGGGAAGAAGAAGAAACCACAAACAGAAGUUGUAAAAAAGAUUGCAGUAAUUUUAAAUUUUGAGAGGUAACUUAUGAGACUUCUAGCCAAAGACCCCAGCCAUGUCCAGUCCUCCUUUAUAUUAUCUGCAUAGCAUAUUCUCCAGUAUUUUCCAGGAAAGGUCUUGUGUUGACUUCAGAUAACUGUGACUUCUUUUUUAAACCCUUGCCAAGGUGGAAAGGACUUCAUUUUAUGUAAAGAUUUUUUACAGUGACAUCCCAAGAAGUCUAGCAUUUUUCUGUUUUUAGGUGGGUGGUGAUACAAAUAUAAAAUAUUGAAGAGCAGAGAAGGACAGGUUAAUUCUGAUUAUUGGGAGAGGGUCAUUGAUGAGGAGGUGUUUAAAGUGGUUGUUAAAGGGUGGCAUGGGAUUUUGAUUGGUAAAACUAGGAGGGAGAGACAGAAAGAUACAGAAGUUACAGAAAGAAACCCUGUAUCCUCUCACCCAAACUUUUUUUAAGGAUGGAAAAUGAGAUCUAUUAUAUGAAAACAUACUUUGAGCCAAAAAUGUGUCAUCACAAUUUAAAAAAAGAUAUACCUAUAUAUGUUUUGUAUUUGUAUAUAAUAUCAGGAAUUGGCUAUAUUCCAAAUUAUCUUUUCUUCCAUGGUUUUAUUCUCUUAGUUUCAUGUUCCUGUUGGUUUUUUAUGUUUCUGUUAGACUAAUGUAAAAGAUUUCAAGCAAACUUUAAGUGGAAUUUUUUUUCUCAUAUGUAGCCUGUUUUAGCUGUUCAUAGAUCUAAGAUUGUUGUAUUCAUUUCACUAUUCUGUUUAUUUGGUGAGUCUUCCAAUUCUGCUUAGGCAAUGUUUUCAUACCUAGGCAAUAAGAUAAAGGUAUCCUGGGUUGUACCAGCUUUGCUCCUUGUGGAAGACUAUAUCUAGUCCCAGGAGUUUUUACUAGCUUGGAAACUGACUGGCAGCUAGAAAAAGGCUUUGGCUCUAUCUUAGCUGUGAAAUGAGUAUUUUUUUUUUUUAUUCUUUAUUAGAGCUGAUCAGAAUAUGAUCCUUGAACUCAGAUAAUCAUUCCUCAGAAUGUUAAAUAAAAGCAAACCAAGUAAAGGGAGAAAAUGUUUCUUUGUGUUUCCUGUUUGAAAAAUCCAGUUGCUUGCAAUCCACAUAUUUAGCACAUUUCUCUGAUUCGGGCUCAAAAGAAUCACUAGUGAAAAUAUAAGGUGAGGAGACAGCAGUAAAAAUCAUUGCUGAUUCAUAUUUAAAGUUAAAACAUGGGAUUUUAGCUUGGAUGAUUUACAUCAAAAUCCUCCAGUUUUCCCUUCAGUUUUGGCUUGAUCCCAUGUUAAGAACAAUGUGAAUUCUGCCCUGUUCUGCCCUUGAAGUUUGCAGAUAAAUUUCAAGCUUAUUAUGAUCAGCAGAGCUGAUGAGAGAAAGAUGUUAGCUAUUCCAAAAGUCAAGAAAUUAGUAGCAGAGUCCAUAAAUUAAAAAAAAAUAAAGGGAACAAACCUAAAACUCUCUUUUGUGCAAUAGAAAAGAAGACUGCUAACAUUUUAGAAUAAGGGAAAAUAUUUAUAUGUUAGCUAAAAAUAAAUAUUUCUGAAUCUACACUUACGUAUAAUAACCACUUGGGAAAGUAAAAGUUAUUACCUCAUGAGCAAGAUGAUAAAACUACCAUCAUAUGUGAAAUUCUAAUACUUUUAUAUCUACUAGUUGAAAAAUCCAUUCUCCUUUUAUGCAUAUUUAGUAGUACUAUUUAAUAUAAUAUUUGAAGCUUUCAGAGUAUUUUGGAGACAUGAUUGUGAUUGUGAAGCACGGUUAUGAAUAGUUGAGUAGUUAUGAUGUGCUUGACAUUGCCCCAAAUUUCCAACUAGACAUGAGCUGUAUCAACACAGUCCUGCCCAGUGAGUUUAUAUCCUGAAAAACAAGUUCAAUAAGAGGAAAUAGAUAAAUAGAAAAAGAAAAGAAACCAGUAUGUGUAGGUUUCAAAGCAGAUGCGGUGCUAUGUAAAAGCAGAAAGCCUGCUCUCCAUUUCCAAAAGUGUUUUAGAAAAGGAUGUCUUAAGAUUUCAGUUGUAUCAGAUUUUUUAAAAAAAACAGGUUUGUUGAGUUUACCUUUCUCUAAGUUAUUGCCUUCUUUUGAUGAAGUGAUAGAAGGGAACUUAUCUAUUCAAAAAGGCAUCUGAGAACUAUCUGAUAUUCCUGACUGCUUUUUUGGUGAGGGCAGGGCUGGACGGAAUAUUUCUAGUUGAUAUGGGAACUGACCAUUGAGAAACUCUUAAUGUCUCACUGCUGUCCAAAUCCAAGUAGGCCUGGAUCCACAUGCUGUAUGGGCCAGGCAGGAAAUGCACCUAAUGUGAAAGACCAUAGGGAGUUGUGGACCGUGUAACAAAUAAGAGAGCUUUGCCCCAACUAAAGGGACACGCGGCUACUGCUUUGUUUCAGCCAUUUGUAACACUAUGUGGGAAUGUGGACUGCAUGAUUGUUAACAGGAAGGUUAAUAAAAGUGUGUCAAAAGAUAAAGAAGAUAGCAAAGAAUGUGGGAAAUGCACAGAUAACACACUAAGCAGGAAACAAUAGAGCAUGCUUCCCCUGAAAUUAGUGGUUUCCCAGCUCCCCACAGUGGUAUGCAGCUGCUCAUUCCGCUGCCUGCCUGCCAGACAGGAGACUGCUGUUCCCUUGAGGGUAGAGGGAAGUGGUCGUUAAUAUCCUCCUGCCCCUCCUUAACCCCCUCUCUGCCUGGCUAUUUUAGAGACUUUAACUGUGUGCCCACCUUCUUAACAGGUGCUAGUGACAGGCCUAAAACAUUAUGGGUGACAUUUCUGAGUGUUUAAUGCAAGAUUGGGUGAAGCAGGGUAGCAUCUUGUAGCAGGUCCAGAUAUUAAGCUGAUGAGAGAUAUAUUUCUGCAUUUCAUUCUUUGAUCUAAGAGUCUGAAUUCUCACGGUAUCAGUGCAGCAAGAUGAUUGUUCUUUGAUUUUCUAAACGUUUCUCACAACUCAGAGAGAAAACAAAACAAAUCCUAUCGUAGCUGCUAUUUGAACUACUUUGUGAGGAGAUGAUACUGUUCUGUUUAAACAAAACUAAGGUUUUGUUCCACAUUCUUCCAUCAAUUGAAUAUUUUGUUUCCUGUACAUACUUUUUUCUUAAUAACAUAUUUAUUGAGUGCUUUCUAUCUGCCAAUCACUAUGAUACACAUGAAAUGAAUUGUCUCGCUUAGCAUUCAAAGUAACCAUAUGAGGUAUGAACUAUCAUUUUUCUAACUCAUUUUACAAAUGAGGAAAGUGAGGCUUUCAGAAGUUAAUUUUACCAAGAGCCUACUGCCGAGACCAGCUCGGCGACUCGAGGUGAGUGACGGGUGCCGCAAGCUUGAAGAAGACACAGACACAGACUGAAGAGAAAAGUGGGACCGGGGGGCUCAAGACCUCUGGGAUCAAGAGCCCUGCUGACUCAUCCCAGGUUGCUUUUAUUGAGUUUUUCAGCUAAUAUUCUCAGGUUACACUCAUAAACAAUCAAAGGCCUCACAUGACUGAGGCAAUUAUCUUUGUUUGCCUCCUGGGUCCGGUUUGAGCAGGUGUGGAUUUGAGCUGGGCCUGGAGAGCAAAACAGCCCUGGGGGCAGGAGACCUCUCUCAGAUAUUGGGGGUCUGUGUCCCACCCCUGUUGGCCCCUCUGCGACUGUGCCUGUCUUAGGUUGUUCCUCCUCUGAGGAAUCUUACCUGUCUUUGGCUAACCAGCCAUCCUUCAGGGCCAAACAGGGUGAUAUUAGUCUCCACGCCCUGCACCCUCAGCUCCUCCACUGCUCAAGCAGGACAUUCUGAAUCCCAUCGCUCGGCCCACAUACUUUAACAUUUUCAAGGUUUCAAAAAGGUUCCUGAAUGUCUUCCCACAGCCUACAACUAAUAAGUGCAGAGAUGGGAAACACAUUCAGAUUUGUUUGACACAAACUUAUGCUAAAUUUUCUCUAAAGCUCUCCAAAGGCAAAGUUUGUUAUUUUAUCCCAUAUAUAGCAUAUUAACAGUAGCAUUGGGUAUAUAGGAAAAUGCUUAAAAGUCUUUUUUUUAAAUGAUGAUUAUAUAUCCAAAUUUUGGACAAGUUUGGAUGACACACAGUUGGCCGAUUCGUGUAUAUAAGUUGACGUAAAAGAUGGCUCUUCUUGGUUGAAAAAAGUCAGUUUUUAGAAAGGUAUAAAAAAAUGGUACUCUCAUCUUGUUUGUGGUGAUAAUAAACACCAGUGUUAGUAAUUACUCUUAAUUAACUUGGCUUUCUAUUUUUUUUAAUUAAUUUAUUUAUUGGCUGCAUUGGGUCUUCAUUGUGCUAUGUGGGCUUCUCAUUGCAGUGACUUCUCGUUGUGGAACACGUGGCACACGAGCUUAGUUGCUGCGUGGCAUGUGGGAUCUUCCCCAACCAGGGUUCGAACCUGUGUCCCCUGCGUUGGCAGGCAGAUUCCCAACCACUGCGCCACCAGGGAACUUGGCUUUCUUUUAAAUAAUUAUUAUAUUUUCUUACCUUUCUUACAAUGUUUACAUGUAUGACUUACCUUUUAGAAUCGCAGGGAUUAUGCAGGGCUAAUUUCUGGUCCCUGUGUUUCUAUGGAGUCUCUGUCCUAUAGAAAGAAUAAUUUAUUUCAGGCCAAGGAUAUAUAAUAGAAAGAUAAGACCAACUGGCUUUUCCUAAUCAUUUUAUUGUAAAAAUUUUCAAACAAUUGGCAGAAUUUUACAGUAAAUCCCCAAAUACCAACCACAUGGAUUCUACAUUUUAUUCUACAUGUUUUAUUACUUACCCAUCCAUGUUAUUUUUAUGAUGCAUUUCAAAAUAAAUUGCAGACAUCAGUAUAUAUCCCCCUAAUACUUAAAAAGGCAUAUCAUUAAGUAGAGUUUAGUAUGGUUUAGUUUUUUAAAUUUUUAACGUACAUUCACAUGCAAUGUAAUGCAUAAAUGUUAAGUAUAAAUUUGCUGUUUUUUCACAAAUCCAUACACCUGUGUAACCCAAACCCUUUUCACAAUUUAGAACAUUGCAGUAGUGCCAGAAGGUUUCCUCAUGUCCCUUGCCAGUCAUUCCCUACUCCACAUCUCAAAUGUAAUUACUGUUCUAAUUAUUUUGCCUCAGAGAUUAAACUUUUCUAUUCUAAAACUUUAUAUAACUAAAAUCAUACAAAGCAUAAUGCUUCUUUCACUCAGCACGUUUUUGAGAUUAAUUCAUGUUGCCUGUAUCAGUGGUUCAUUCUUUUGUAUUUCUGAGUAUUCUCUUGUAUGAAUAUGUAAAUUUGUUUUUUCCAUUUUCCUGUUGAUGGACACCUGGGCUGUUUGGUGGGUUUUUUUUUGUUUUUUUCUUUUCUUUUUUUUGCUAUUAUGAAUAAAGCUGCUGUAAACAUUCUUAUACAAACUUUUUUGUGAACACGUCUUUAUUCCUCUUGAGUAAACAUCUAAGCGUGGAAUCAUUGGGUUCUAAGGUAGGUGUACGUUUAGUUUCAUAAAAAAAGAUACUGCCAGACCUUUUUCCCAAAGGAUUGCACCAUUUUACAUGCCUUCAACAAUGGGGACUUCCAGUUACUCCAUGUUUUCUCCAACAUUUGUGAUUGUUAGUCUUUUUUAGCCUAGUUUUUGUGAUGGGUGUGUAAUGAUUUCCAGUUGAUACUCAGAUUGUUGCUAUUGGGUUGGCCAAAAAGUUCAUUCCAUAAGAUUGUAUGGAAAAACCUGAACGACCUUUUUGGCCAACCCAAUACUUGUGCCUAAUAGCCCUCUUGUCAGAUCUACCCCUUUAUCCUUUUUAACACCACCCUCUGACCAGGAACUGCUGAAAACAUUCUUUCUUUGUGAUAAUAGUUAAGGUAACCCAAAACUCAGCUUGAGUUAUUCUUUCUCAAACACAGAAUACAUUGCUCACUAAGGAGCCCUUUUGCCUUUAAUGGAGACCAACAUCUGAGAAAAAACCUGGGUUCCUAAAGGAACAUGUUAGACUGUUCCACAUCACUGCUGGAGCUGGACAGGAUGGCACCAAAACAUUGUAAUAAAACAGAAUAUGACCUUUCCUUAUAACAAUUAUGAGUUCGUGUUAUUUCUA